GCCCAAUGUCAACUAAGCUAGCUUCACGUUGUAGGGAUAAAACCUAUCUCCUCCAAAUGGGGUUUACCCAUACACACACUAGUCCGUCGAGUCAAUGAUCAUGCACUCGAUGCCAUAGCUUUACCUAAGUGGACGUCUAAUAGGCAUGGGUAUGGUCGCCUUGUGACUAGACUCCCAGAUCAUUCAUCUACCCUGAUGCGCCAAAGUGCUCAAAUCCACUAUAAUUCAUACAAUCCUAAGUGGUAGGCUAUCACGAAAAGAAUCAGAGAGGCAAGGUUGAAAGCAUAAUUAGCAUAGAUAAAGGCAUAAAAACUCUAGGUAAAUUUAAUUCAUCCAUAAACCAGAAGAAGGAUAAUGAUAAAUCCCCUACCACCUAAGUUGCAAUUAGGGCACAUGAGAUGCAGACAAUCCCACACUACUUGAUGCAAGAAAGAACAAACACCAAAUAGACAUAGAUAGAUAGGUUCAAACUCUAGGUUAGGGUUUAGGGGACUAGGCCCCAAAGUACCUUGAGGGAUUAUCCCAUCAAGAGGGUAUUGAGUAAAAAAGCUUAAAUUAGCAAUUUUAUAUUGUCUUGAAUAUGUGCUUUUAUUUUAGACUAACAUUUCUUGCAGAAAUAUCACAAUCAAGGUCUUGAAAAGAUUUGCUAAGAAAAGGAAAGAAUUCAAAGCAAUUGCUUGGCCUUCAAGAAGCUACCAUAUCAAGUGAAGAGCAUAUCAAAUCAAGGAGAUACUUGCCAUAUAAAGGACUACAAAUGAAAGGAAAUGGAGUUUUGCUUUCACUAUAAAUAGGAGAGUCAUUUGUAGUUUAGAGAACCUUUUGCAAAGCUCUCGUCUCCCUUGUAAUAGCGAAAUUGUGUGAUCAUAUUUCGUGGUGUGAAUAGCUUGAUAUCUCGGGGGUUGAGAUAUUCAAGCUAGGUCGGGUUUAAGGGUAGGAAGGGUAUUUGUAAUUGGGACUAGUGCAAGAGCAAGAGGGGAUUCUUGCUUGGAAGUUGCACUAGGUGGAUUACUCUCCAAUCAAGUCAAACUAAGAGUGUAGGCUUGAUUGAUUGAGUGGGUAGCUUAGCUUGGAUUUAGCUAAGGGUUGAAUAGGUGUGGAGUUGAACCUAUUUGGUUCUUGACACGAAGUGUCAAGGUUGUUUCAAUUUCAUAGGUUAGAGAGUCUUUUAUUUUAAUAAAAGUUAGAGUCUAUCGUGAGAUAGUGGUAACUAUCUCCGGGACGUGGAUGUAAAGCCAUAUUGGCCGAACCACGUUAAAAUCGCGUGUCCCGACUCAUCUCUCUCUCUCUCUCUAUACCUUCUCUAAAUUUGUUCUAUUCAUCAGUGCCAACAAAUUAAUCACUUUAAGAGAGAUUCUUGGCAAGUCCUUUUGGAUUGCUCAAUCAAGCUAGUGCUAAUCUCUCACUAUUGAAAUCUGAAUUAAUUUGUGCAUUGACCACGUCAAAAGUAUCCAUUAUUAACCUAGCUUGGACUAACAAGUGGUAUCAGAGCUCGGCUCCCUCAAGAAGAUCGAAAGAUCUGCGAGGAAACUGAGAUCCGAUAUACCAAGCAUGGCUAGUGGGUCAUCUACAAAUCAUGGUUCUAAUUCUACUCAUAUGGAGGGUCUUUCAUAUGUUAGACCAACAUGGUUUGAUGGAUGCAGCUAUUCCUUUUGGAAAACACGUAUGAUUGUUUUCUUUAAAGGGAUGGGUUUUGAUGUUUGGAAUGUGGUUGAGAAUAGCGUGGGUGAUAUCAAAGAUGAUCCCAACACAUGGUCUAACGAUGAUCUAAAGAAGAUGGAGUUAGAUGCUAAAGCAACAAAUGUCUUAUAUUGUGCAAUAUGUCCAGAUGAAUUCAAUAAGGUGAACAUGUGCAAGACGGCACAUCAGAUCUGGAAAACCUUGGAAGUAUCACAUGAAGGGACAACUGAGGUAAAAGAAUCCAUGAUAUAUCAAUUGGUGCAUGAAUAUUAAAUGUUCAAAAUGCACCCAUGUGAGUCUAUUUCUGAUAUGUUCGGUUUAACUUAAUAGUAAGUAGACUUAGUGCGUUAGGAAAAUUUUAUGAUAAUGUUGAACUGGUUAGGAAAAUUCUUUGGUGUCUACCCUAAGAAUGGAUGCCUAAGAAAACUGCCAUAGAAGAGGCUAAAAAUCUAUCUACUCUUAGUAUUGAAAAUUUAAUAGGAUCUUUAAUUAGUCAUGAAAUUGCCUUAAAAGCUCAAGGUGAUGAGAAUAAUGACAAGAAAAAUAAAAGUUUAGCAUUUAAGGCUUGAGAGAAGAAAGUCACCAAUGAUGAAGGAUCAUGAGAUGAUUUCGAUCAAGGAUUUGCUCUCAUUUCAAAAAAUUUCAAAAAGUUUUUAAAAUUAGAAAGAAAACAAGGAAGGGGUAGUUCUUUCUAUUUUCGUGAGAAUAAUAGAAAUGGAAAGGUAAAAUCUUUUGAUAAUCAAAAGAAGAAAAAUAAAGUGGAAAGUGAGUGUGAAGAUCAAGGUUUACCAAAAUGCUACAAAUGUGGAAAGAGUGGUCAUGUAAGGGCUGAAUGUCCUAACAAAGGAGGGAGUAGAGAAAAGGCUUAUGCAGUGGCUUGGAGUGGAUCAGAAGAUGAAAGUGAAGAUAACGAAAGUGAAAUACAAGGCUAUAUGGCGUUUGCCAACCGUGAUGAUGGAUCCUCUUCGUCAAGAUCACAUGAAGAUGAGGUAUGUUCAUCCUUUCCAACUUUUGAUAGUGAUUGUGGCUCAAAUCUUCGUAUUAGUAUAGUUGAAGCAUAUGAAGAAAUGCAAAAUCAUUUUGAAAAACUAAAAGAUAGAUACUACAAGGUAAAAGAGGAUUUGAAACUAAGCAAGAAUGAAAUUAAGGAAUUAAAAGAGGAUAUCGCAAUAUUACGUGAUGAAAAUCAAGUUCUGAAGAAAUCAAAGGGUAAACUCAAGAAUAAUAGACCCCUUGAAGAACUAGAAGAUAUGAGAGUUAGAAAUAAUGAACUGGAAAGAAUGAUUAUAGACUCUAGGACUAAACUUCUUGAAGCAAAUACCAAGAUAGAGUGAUUAGAAGACAAGGAAAAGAAGUAUAAAGAAAAGGUGCAAAAACCUCAUAAUAAAUCAAUUAUGUGUGUUAAAUGUAAUGCUCAUAGUGGAGAUAAUGACAAAAUUAGGUGCAUGAAUUGUGGAAAGAGUCACCAUAAUAAAGAAUGCAAGAAAAAUGUGAGGUGUAGUAAAUGUACUAGAAAAGGACACACUAAACAAGAAUGUCAUUCAAGAAUUGUAUGCUAUUGUUGUCAUAAACAAGGACACAUUAGGAGAAAUUGCUACUACAAUAACUAUUAUAGCUCAUAUCAAUCGUAUCCCAAGAAAAAGGUACCCAAGCAAGUCUGGGUACCAAAAUCAAUACUCCAAAUAUUUUGCCGGUCAUUAAGAAAGCUGUAGCAAAUGAAUGGUAUCUAGAUAGCGGAUGCUCUCACCAUAUGACGGGAAACAAGAGGCUCUUUUCAGAGUUGACUCUUAAAAAGGGAGGAAAAGUAACCUUUGGUGAUAAUGGUAAAGGUAGAAUACUUGGAGUUGGUACGAUUGGAGAGCCUCCAAAUCCUACCUUCACUCAAGUGUUAUUUGUUGAUAGUCUUAAGCACAACCUGUUAUCUAUUAGUCAAUUAUGUGGUACAACUAAUAGAGUUGUGUUUCAACCGGAGACAUGUCUUAUUGAGAGAAUCAAAGACAACAAAUUAUUAUUCCUAGGGGUUAGGAAAAACAAUGUCUAUGUCAUUGACCUUAGUAAAAAGGCUUCAUUCAAAUGAAACUUGUUUUCUCUCUUUAGGUAAGAACAAGCAAUUUCAAUGGCAUCGAAGACUAGGACAUGUUAGCAUAAAGAGAUUGGCUAAAUUAUCUAAAUUGGGUCUAGUAGACGGUCUUCCUCAAUUAAAAUAAUCAAAGGAC